AGUUCUCUCUCGCCUCCUCCAUCGCCGUCCUGGCUGCUCUGGCCAACGCCACCCCGACCCCCACCGUCGUCGGCGGUAACGCUGUCGACCCCCGUGCCGUCGAGAAGCGCGCCACCAUCACUGACGCCUGCGACGUCGGCUACGGCGCCGGCACCACCGGUGGCUCCGGCGGUACCACCACCACCGUCUCCACCCUGGCCCAGUUCACCGCUGCCGCCACCUCCUCCGACAAGGCCGUCAUCGUCGUCAAGGGCGCCAUCACCGGCGCCACCAAGGUCAAGGUCGGCUCCAACAAGUCCAUCAUCGGUGCCAAGGGCUCCUCCCUCACCGGUGUCGGUUUGUACAUCAACAAGCAGGAGAACGUCAUCGUCCGCAACAUGAAGAUCAGCAAGGUCCUCGCGGACAACGGCGACGCCAUCGGCAUCCAGGCCUCCUCCAAGGUCUGGGUCGACCACUGCGAGCUCUCCUCCGACCGUGACAACGGCAAGGACUACUACGACGGUCUCCUCGACAUCACCCACGCCUCCAUGGCCGUGACCGUCUCCAACACCUACCUCCACGACCACUACAAGGGCUCCCUCGUCGGCCACUCCGACUCCAACUCGGCCGAGGACACUGGCAAGCUCUACGUCACCUACGCCAACAACUACUGGAAGAACAUUGGCUCCCGUGUCCCCUCCGUCCGCUUCGGAAACGUCCACAUCUUCAACAACUACGAGGAGAACAUUGAGACCUCCGGUGUCAACACCCGCAUGGGCGCCCAGGUCCUCGUCGAGUCCUCCGUCUUCUCCUCCGUCAAGAAGGCCAUCACCUUCCUCGACUCCAAGACCACCGGCUACGCUACCGUCUCCGACGUCGACCUCGGUGGCUCCACCAACGACGCCCCUGCCGGCACCUUCUCCAAGCCCGACUACUCCUACUCCAAGCUUGGCUCUGCCAAGGUCAAGGCCUCCGUCGUCGCCUCCGCCGGCCAGACCCUUUCUUUCUAAGUUAUUAGUUGUCCUUAAUAGUGGUGUGAGAAUUGCUGCAUUCAGCGCUGCCGGCCGUGGGAUGUUUGCGUCCCCGGCUGGAAAGUACUAGGAAGAAGUACGGAAUUCAUGUAAAUACUUUUCUCUCUCAAGGCAUCAGACAAGGCCCUUGGCCACCUGGUUCUGUAGAUAUAAGUUGCCGGUUUCAAC